AUGGCUAACGCUAUUCACUCUUUUGGUUCGGGGAGCGUCCGCUCAUUGUUCUUGUGGUUUCUGCUUCACAUACUCCUAAUCAAUGCUUCGCCCACACCCCGCGACACGGUCGUCGUCACCAAGCGAGCAAGAACCCAGUUCCCCACGUUUGCUCAGGACUACGAUGGCCGUGUGCAGAAGGGACAGUACUUCAAUGAUCUGUUCCCCCUCGACGAUGCGAAGGCGGCCGAGUACAAUGGCGGGGCUUCUGUAGCAAGUCCGUACCAGGACCCGAGCGUGCUGAAAGCGAACGGCUGGACUAGAUACAUCUUUUGGUAUCCCUUUGAACAGGACACCGGCGAUGUCGAGGCACCGUUCGGCGAGGUGAAGGACCCAGCUUUCGCUAAUAUGGGCCUUUCGAUUGACAAGACGCCCGGCUACGAUAACAACCUCGACAAUGCAUUUGGGGACAAGGAUCAUCCGGUAGAUGAGACGGAAGCGGGCGAGUACUACUACAGACACGACAGAGAGUUCGGUCAAGGCAAGAAGCCCACGAUGGCUUCCUAUUCCAACGUGCUUGUUCCGGCCUCUGGCGCCUUCAUUUUCGAUGAAGACUACAGCCCCAGUUUUAGGAAGAGCGAUUGGGGACUGGGUGACGUCCCCGACUUGGACACAAUGUCGGAUGUUGCCUUCUUCCAGUGGAUCGACGCCUGCAAGGCGAAGAACAUUCAACCAAACACCCUCAAACUCAUCUUCGUAUCCCACUGCACCAACCAGAAAACGUACGACAUCGUUGUAGAGGCUCUGAAGGCAACCAAGUACAACAAGGUACCCAGCUACGCCGACAAAGCAGUGUUUGGCAUGGAUACUCCAGAGGGCCAAGCCAUCCUUGGAACCGUAUGGGGUAGUGCGACGUCUUGGAUGCUUAUCCAGCACAAGAAGGAUCUUGGCUUGAAGAAGAUUAAAGAAGUCGCCAUCUGGGGCCUUGGAAAUGGCUUCGCUUUCGAAGAAGACCCAGAGGGCGAGGUGGCCAACUUGAACAUGAGGUUUGUCGUCGAGGACGCUUAA